AUGUCGCUCUUUGGCAACUUCGACGUCGCGAAGCUGGCAUCACAGCUGGGCAACUUUAAGAUCCCCGACGAUCCAGAGAUCAUCAACCAAGGCCACCAGGAUUAUGGAUACAGCAACUACGGUUCCCACGGCUCAGGCUAUGACGGCAGACCGCCAGCGGGUUAUGCCGGCGGUCCGCAGAAUGGCGCAGACGAGUACAAGCGCGAGCACCCCGCCGCCUUCGGCUCCAGCGACCCCACGCGCUCCGCCUACUCCGACCCCGUCUCCGAGGGGAGUGCCAUGUCGUCCGUCGCCGCUGGCGUAGCUGCCAGCGCCGCCGGGGGUGCUUACGGUUCCGCGCCGCAGUAUCCGUCUCCGCAUCCCGGAAGGUAUGGUGAUUCCACAUCAUCUAGCCCGUAUCCACAGCCGCAGCAGCAGCAACAAAGCUACGGGCGACCUCCCUCGCCGGGUUAUGGAAGGCCCCCUUCACCUGGUUACGGCAGACCUCCCUCGCCGCGACUGCCAGAGGGAUGGGUCAAGCGGUUUGACGACAACAGCAGACGGUGGUACUACAUCAAUCAAGCAACUGGCGCUUCUCAGUGGGAGGCGCCUGCGCCACCGCCGGCUAUGUCUCCUCCGCCAAUGUCACCGCCGGGCCAUGGAGGGUAUGGGGAUGCCUCUCGAUAUGGUGGACAUUCGCCGCAGCCGGGGUACUCGCCUCAACCUGGCUAUGGAGGCCACUCACCACAGCCCGGCUACGGAGGUCCACCACCCCAACCGGGAUACGGCGGACCCUCCCCCCAACCCAGUUACGGGGGUCACUCACCACAGCCCGGAUACGGAGCCUAUGGGGGCGGUGCGGCUGCGGCAGCUGCAGGAGCUGGAGCCGGGUACUACGCUGGACAGCAAUACGGACAGGGUCAGCCCCAUGGGUACGAGCAGCCUCAACAGUACGGCCAACCCCAGCAACCCCAGCAGUACGGUCAGCCCUAUGGUCAACAGCCUCAACAGCAGUAUGGACAGCAGUACGAACAGGGAUACGGCAGUGAAGAGAAGAAGAAAAAGAAGAAGAGCGGCAACGGCAACAUGUUCCUCGGCGUGGCCGGUGGUCUCGCGAUUCCGACUCAGACUCUGAGCACCACGAGCAUCACUACGAGCGCCGUUCAUCAUCUGGAUCUGAGGACCAUUAUCGCGGCCGGGAUGAUAGCUAAUCGAGUACCGCCGUUUGGGCCCGAGUAUGGCCCCCCGGUUAUCUGGGUUGAUGAAAAUGGUCAGGUCUACGAGGGAGAGAGAGAAGAGCAGGGGAUUCAGGAGCAGCCUCAGGAGCGUCCGGAGGAUUAUUGGGAGUAUGGCGACGAGGACAACGUCGUGUACACCGGAUAUGGUGAAGUUGUCUACGGUGACGAGCAGGGUGCUGACGAGGCUCGCAACGACGAUGACUAUGCUGGCGGCACCUUUGAUGAAAGCCACGGCGACGAUGAAUACGACUAUGUUGGCUAUUAUGACGAUGGCCAUGGCGGCGAUGGUUAUGCUGAUGACUACUAUGAUGACUAG